CCAACAAAUCCACAAUCGAAUCAGUCGCAGUUCGACUUGCCCAGAGCUAACAACGUAUUUUCUGUUUGUUCCGUACUCUCGUACAUCGUCUCUCUAUUCGAAUCGGUUCAAUAAUAAUAUUUUCCGUUCUUUCCUAGCUGAAUGAUAAAACGGUAUAAUCCCUCCUGCCCAGUGUAGUCGCUAAAGCAGGUGUCCUCGACAUUUUUCAUUAUCAUUAUCCUGAAAACCUCCUUUCUGUUCGUGUGGUUAAGUGUUUCUCUAUAUUUCCUGUCUCCUUAAACUGAUUACAGGGUUGUGUUUUUGUCUGCAUUUUGGUGGUGUGUAUAUCUUCAACAAAAAAAAAAGGAAGUUGGGAAAACCUAAAAAAAAACUUCCCCUCACACGAUAGUUUUUUGUUUACGUGGGAACUGAAAAAUAAAUUUUCCCAUCGAGUGACAGUGAAUCGCCGACACACAAUACGCAAGCACAAGGACUCACAGAUUCGGCUUUCGGCAUUACAAGAUAGAUACCUACCUUGCUUGUAAGAAUAUUUAUACAAGUGCUAGUGCACCUAAAUAAGUCGAUCGAUAAAAUAAUACUUAUAUACAGCAUCCCUCUCGACUUUUUUGUCUUCUCCUCUCCCUCGUUGCAAUAAAGAUUUGAAAAAAGAAAAAAUGUCUACAUCCGCUGAUUCAGAGCUAAGUAACAUCCUUAACCGUCGCCAGAAAAUCAACGACGCUCUUGAGAAUGGCCAAGAGAUAAAACAUAGCUUCAAAGUCGUGAAUGUUUACACAGAAUUCCAUGAGUUUAGUCGUAAGCAGAUAAAGGAUUAUCAAGCAACAUUUAAUAAAUAUGAUAGUGGUCACGAUGGCUAUCUUGACUUAACCGAAUUGAAAGUAAUGAUGGAAAAGCUUGGUGCACCUCAAACUCAUUUGGGACUCAAGGGAAUGAUCAGUGAAGUUGAUGAAGAUCAUGAUGGGAAAAUUUCGUUCCGGGAAUUUCUGCUAAUCUAUCGCAAAGCUCAAGCUGGUGAAUUAGACAGUGAUUCUGGUCUUAAUCAGCUGGCCCGCUUGACCGAAAUAAAUGUCGAAGAAGUCGGAGUUGGUGGUGCGAAAAAUUUCUUCGAAGCCAAAAUUGAACAACAAUUGAGAACGAACAAGUUCCAUGAUGAAAUUCGACAGGAACAAGAAGAACGUCGAAUGGAAGAGGAACAACGGGGUAUGCGGCGAGCACAAUUCCAACAAAGAGCCGCUAUAUUCCAACAGAAUUAAAUUCUAUAAGAAAUAUCACAAAAAAAAAAUACUAAGAAAA